CACAGGGUCUGGGCGGGGCAGGCAGGAAGGGGCCAUGACUGGUCCUCUUGGCUACCCACCAGAGUAGCAGCUGAGCUGGCGAGAGGAGCAGCUGGGCCACCGUCCCCUGGGGCUUCAGAAUGGAUGUGUGUCGUGCAGAUCCAUCUGAGCUUAGCAGUGGGGAGACCAAGGAGCUACAGCAGAUCAAAUGGCAUAGGAAGCAACUACUGGAGGACAUUCAGAAACUGAAGGAUGAAAUUGCAGAUGUGUUUGCCCAGAUUGACUGCUUUGAGAGCACCGAGGAGAGCCGGAUGGCGCAGAAAGAGAAAGAGAUGUGCAUCGGGAGAAAGAAAUUCAACAUGGACCCUGCAAAGGGCAUCCAGUAUCUCAUUGAGCACAAGCUGCUGACAUCCGAUGUCCAGGACAUCGCCCAGUUCCUGUAUAAGGGUGACGGUCUCAACAAGACAGCCAUUGGCACCUACUUGGGGGAAAAGGACCCUAUCAACUUGCAGGUCCUGCAGGCCUUUGUGGACUGCCAUGAGUUUGCCGAGCUCAACCUCGUCCAGGCCCUCCGGCAGUUCCUGUGGAGCUUCAGGCUGCCAGGCGAGGCCCAGAAGAUUGACCGCAUGAUGGAGGCCUUCGCCGCUCGCUACUGCCUCUGUAACCCCGGAGUCUUCCGGUCCACAGACACCUGCUACGUGCUGUCCUUCUCCGUCAUCAUGCUCAACACCGGCCUACACAACCCCAACGUGCGGGACAGACCGCCCUUCGAGCGCUUCGUGUCCAUGAAUCGCGGCAUCAACAGUGGCAGUGACCUGCCUGAGGAGCAGCUGCGGAACCUGUUUGACAGCAUCAAGAGCGAGCCCUUCUCCAUCCCUGAGGAUGAUGGCGGCGACCUCACCCACACCUUCUUCAACCCCGAUCGUGAAGGCUGGCUGCUCAAAUUGGGGGGCCGGGUGAAGACAUGGAAGCGACGCUGGUUCAUCCUCACGGACAACUGCCUCUACUACUUUGAGUGUACCACUGACAAAGAGCCGCGGGGGAUCAUUCCCCUGGAGAACCUCUCUGUGCAGAAGGUGGAUGACCCCAAGAAGCCGUUCUGCCUGGAGCUAUACAACCCCAGCUGCCGGGGCCAGAAGAUAAAGGCUUGCAAGACAGACGGGGACGGCAAGGUGGUAGAAGGCAAACACGAAUCCUACCGUAUCUCCGCUGCCAACGCCGAGGAGCGUGACCAGUGGAUCGAGGCCAUCAGGGCCAGCAUCACCCGAGUCCCCUUCUAUGAUCUGCUGUCUGCUCGGAAAAAGAAACUUGUCGGAAAGCAGUGAACUUCCGGGAGGCGGCGCUGGCGACCCUGUAGGACCUACGGUACCUGGAGACACUGAGAGACACCUCUCACCUGCUGUGCCUGCUCCUGCUCACAAACCUGCCCCUCCCCCAUCACUGGAACUGGCUGUUGGGGGGAUGUGGAUCCUUAGAGGACACGGAGCCCACGGGAAAGCCUGCCGGGAAGAACUUAUAAAGCUCUGUCUGGGACCACUGUGGCUGAGGGGUAGGAUGGGAGAUGAGCCGGCCUAGAACCCACUGCCUGUAUCCCACCUUCUCCCUCCCCGCAGGAGGGCUAUGGAUUCCCUUGGAGGCUUCCAGCUCAGACAUUUUCCUUCCCUUACAUUGGGCCAGGCCUUCUCUGCCAUGAACAAAUAUCAGCAUUCAUCUAGCUUGGAGCCGCAAAGCUUCAGACAGAGCCCUCCGCGGAACCCAGCCCUCCUCUGAGUCUUACAGGAAAUGCCUUGGUCCAACUGGCUUUUUGUCAGCUUGGCAUUCAGGGGGAGCUGGGAGACCAGGUGACUGAGACCGACCGAGCU